AUGCAUCUUGCACCUGCGCUGGCCGCCGGUGCGCUGGCCUUGAGGGCCUCAGCCUUCCUCCUCCCCCUCGAAGUUACCGCAGCUGCCGAACGUCCCGCCUUCGAGGUGAAACCUCCUCCAGAGGUGCUUAUGGUCGGUGGAUCGAUUGAUCUUGAUUGCCCUGGAUGUCCGUUCGUCGACCCGAAGACUCCGUCUGUGGUGCAGCUUGGUGUCGAGAGCAAAAUUCAAUUGGAAUUCACAAUCGACGCCGAAGACCGCCUGAAUAUCAACGAUUUCCCAGUCUACCCUCACGACUUUGACGCAUCCAACUCGUCCCCAGUCUUGGUGACGACUCGCCAAAUAAGGGUCGAAGAUGGUCAAGAGUCGGAUCCCGUCCAGCUAGACUUUGCUCUGGAGCUUCUGGAGCCCAUCAGAUCCAUUCACAACCCCGAUGCCACUCUCCAGCCCCUUCGGUUCACUGUGUUUGGUCUUCAAGGCCGUCCGGUGAAAGUCGAUGCGAUUGUGGUUGAUAUUCUCCAGACACCCGAGAAGGCUGUGAUCGCCAGAUUCUCUCAAAUCCCCUUUGAGCUGACCCCUGGCGCUCAGACUUGCGACACUUCCUCGCAAUGGUCUCUCUGCCGUUUGAGAGCCAUCAUUACCGCCCGUCUCCAGUACAUCAUGGCAGCCGCAAAGGCGCGUGCUCAUGGAGCCCAUGGUUGGGUUAAGAAUGGGAAGGGUUGCCACGGAAGAAAGUUCGGAGGCAGGGCCGGACAUCACAGCCAUCACGGCCAUGGACAUCAUAUGGGUGGUUGGAGUCGUCACCACCGCUUCCAUCGAUUUGGCCAUAUUCUGCACCAAACAAUUCGCUUCUUUGUUAUCCCCGCUCUUCUGGGUAUCAUCGGAGGUCUGAUGGCAAGCGCUAUCGGUAUGCUUGUUGGACAAACAAUCUCAUAUCUUUGGAUUCGCUUCCAUCGACGCGGCCAGAGAGGCAAUGCCAGCGCUCGCGCGGUUGAGAUUGUGAUCGCCGAGGAUGAGAAGGACGCCUUGAUGACUGAAGACAUUCCAUCUCCGCCAAAAUACCAGGACUUAGAAGCCUGUGCCGAAGAAGUCGAGAAAGUGACCGAUGAGAAGCAUUGA